ACUCUGAGGAAGUCUGCAAAUGGGAUAGUCGAAAAGAGACACCUAGAGUAAUCAAACCACCCGGUGCCCUUAUUUUCUUCGCAAUCCCGUCUUCAUCGACCGAACAAAAGAAAGACUUUUUCGUGAGCUUUGAGUAUCGAACGAAUCAAAAUCAUCAUCCACAAACACCAUCACCGCCCUCGUCUUCACACCAUCGUCACAACAAUAAUCAUCACGGCGGAACUCCGAUGGCCUCGUCCGAUUCGGGCGUAGAGUCGGCAGCUGAAGUAGACUUAGAAUUGAAAGCAUCAGACUCGCCGAUGUCUCGCGACACACCUCGCGAUCGAAUCGAUUCGAUCGUUUGUGGGGAUUGUCAUGCCCACUUUCGCUUCUCACAAUUCACCACUUUCAUCGAGCAUAAGAUCUCGCAUUGUGGUGGAAAACAAACACCCUCCGAUGAGAUGAUCGGCUCACCGCAGAAUUUCGAGCGACAAUCGAGACGUCGGAAUUUCAAUCAAUCUCGUCUCCGCUCUGCAUCAGCCAAUCCAAUGCUUCUCAACUACCAGAACAUGGAUGUCACCACGGAUACUCGAGAUCUAGAUGGAAGUGAACACGGACGGCACUCGGUCACAUGCGCUGCUUGUAAACGUCGAUGUGCUGACAUUUGGUCUUUACUCAAACAUUGUUAUGGAGAACAUGGGCUAAGAGUCUGUGCCGAGGAUAUUGGUGAAGUGGAAUACCCGCUAUCAGUCACUUCAUCGCCGGCUUCAAACAACUCGGAGAGUUCAGUCUCGAUGCGAGACUCGUACCGUGUUCGGGAUGAAGAUAAACCUGGUCCUUCAAAGAUCCACACUCCAAAGCCGGGCUCAUCUUUCCCUCUCUCCUCGUGUUUUAGUGAACGACUCAAAGAAUGCGCUGAGAAAGCUGCUGAACCUGAGAAAAUCUUUGGGGAGAGUAAAACGCAAAGCAGAUUAAACACCUUGGAUGGAACUGAUGAUGAGCACGGGAUCUCGGCCUUCACUCCAACCGGAAAAAAGAGUCAAUCGAAUAGCUUGGUCGCCGCUCAACUCACUUCUACCACCACACAAAGCACUGCUAGUCAGCUUGGGUCAUUGUGGAUGCAACCGAACGUGUUGAACGCGAUGCAAGACUACUACUCGCAACUCUCGCUCACCCAACUCCAACAUUCCACCGCUGCCGCAGCGCUGUUGAACCUCUCGCAAUCGGUUCAACCGGCUACCACACCCUCGUUACCGCAGCAGUUGUUUCAGAGCGGGGCCGGGUCUAUGGCGCACCCGGCCACCCCAUCACUGAGCACUCCGCUCUCCAAUCUUCCUCCAGUCACCCCAAAGACUCCAUUAGCAAUCAUCGAUCAGUUGGACUUCUCAACUCCUCGAUCGGGCUCUGUUCGACCGAGAACCGACUCAAUGUCCAUCACACCUCCAUCAAUGAAAAAACCGAGACACGAUGAGGAGUUGAUCGUCGUUGAUGAUGCUGAUUUAGCUGAACCGGCCGCGAGAAAAGCUACCAAUUUGCGCAAAGAACGAUGUCAAUACUGUAGCAAGGUGUUCACAAAUCGCUCGAAUCUCAUCGUGCAUCUUCGCUCGCAUACCGGAGAGAAGCCAUAUAAAUGUCAAUUGUGUCCAUACGCUUGCGCACAAAGCAGCAAACUCACGAGACAUAUGAGAACGCAUGGACAACAGGGAAAGGAGACUUUUCACUGCUAUAUUUGUCAAAUGCCAUUCACCGUUCAUUCGACUCUUGAGAAACACAUGCGCAAAUGUGUCGUCAACUCAUCAACUCGUUCCGAUUCGAUGUCAAAGGUGACCCCGUCGACCCUCGCCGAAGCCACAUCCCUCUUGGCCCUCUCAUCCACUCCAGUCACUCAAUCUGCAGCCGUCACACAAAGCAACAUCAAUGUGCUCAACUGGUUACAGGCGUUGAACGUCUCAACUCCGGCGCCACCAGCGAUGGGCGUAAGUGGAUGUGUACAAGGAACAUCACAACCAAUCCUACAAGAGGACUCAUCGAGGGAUGAUUUCUCGGGUGAAGACGAGGAAAUGGAGAGUGAGACGAGCGAUUUGAGCAAUCAAGGCCGAGUCACCGUUAAACAGGAGCCCGAGGGGAGUAUAGCUGUCGCU